AUGUCGCCGGAAUUCCUCACGCUUGAACGGACGCGCUUCAACUCACGCAAGCCGCCGCGAGCCUCGACGAUGAUCUCUCAGCAACCUCGAAGACGGUCACCCGCGACAUCAACGACGGCUUCUCGUGGCCUGCCUCGAACUCGGCGAGGUAGCGGUGGUAGUCAUUCGGAAGAAGAGGGCCUCCGUCGAGCAAGGGACAGUGCUCGACAGGCUUGCACGAAGACUCUCAUCCAUGCUCGCCUUACCCUCGCAACGACGCGCAACCUCCUGUUCAACGCGCGGCUUUCUUUCUCUUCGACGCCUGAGCCUUCGUCCCGCGCCCAGCUCCAUGUUCCGCACGCGACUCCCUUGUCGAUGUCCCAAAUCCUCGUCGAUGCCGUAUCCCCUCAAGCACGCGCGUCCCUGCGCAAGUCGCGGAGGGAGGUAUUGUCGUCCGAUGAGGUCUCGAGUUCAUCCCGAAAGCGGUCUUCGGGUUACGUCCGCAUGGUUUGA